GUACACGGGAAGGCACCGCAUACACACUUAGGAGCCACACCCCGAGGGUUUACACGAUUUACGACUCUCGUUCUGUCGACAUACAUAUUGGGAGGUACAUCUCGCUGUGGACGCAGCUUUGCCCACUACCCCGGGGAUUCUCACCCGCCGCCCGCAUAUCUUCUUCCGUGGAAGAAGUAGCCAACAUCGGACAUGGUGUUCAUUCGCCUUCGCCACAGCUUGUAUUUCAAGCAGGCAUCCGAUUCCGCUAUACUCCGCCAAGGCCUAGUAAGGUGUUUGCCGUACCCGAGAAUCCAGUCUUGGCUGUCUGCGCGCCUCGGUCCCCUUAUCCGUCCCAUAAUCUCAUCAGCCCACCACCAAAUCCACCAGACGCAUAUAUCCGUUCUAAUACCCGAAAAGCACCCACUUAUCAGACCAAAUCCUUGUUCCGGGGCGUUGCAACAACGAGGGAAAAGUGGACCGAGCCCCAAGCGUCCUCUCACUCCCCUUUCCCUUCUCCAAAGGCAAGGGCCAAAAAAGGACCUCCUCCACCUUCUCACCAAUCCAACUCCUCCCAAGAAUGCUCCGCGCUCCCCCAACAUCCAGCGCGGCGGACGUCACAGCGCAGGCGGUAGCCCGCACUUGGCUAGGAGGGAAGAGAAUGGGAAAGGCUCCGGCAGGCAACUCGGACCCGGGAUCUAGCCAGCAAUCCACGGGCGGACUCAUCGAGAAUCCCGGUGUACGAGACAAAGUGAACCUACAGCCUGGUUCAAUGUCUUGAGUCGAAUGCAGGCAUGCGGAUAUCUGUUG